AUGGCGCCAUCCACCCAUCCCAUGAUGCUGCGCAGCACUCGAAAACUGCCCGAUCCGCCGGCCCAGUCGAGUUCAGUGCCUGCGACGAUCCAGGCUUCGAUGCCGAUCACGGAUGCGCUCCCCGUUGUCCAGAACAUACAGAACAACCUUCGUCGAACUUUCAUCCUUCGAUGCCAUCGUGAUAUGGUUGCGCUCAUCGUGGAUGAACUUGGCUACAAAGAUGCCAGAGCACCCUCUCUCACCUGUCAACAAUUUUAUGCCUAUGUCCCCCUUCAACCAAGCUCGCGAUGGAGCAAGUCCGACAUCAUGACAUAUCUCAACGUUGCCCAGGUCUGUGAUGGCAACGCCAACAGACUCGCUUGCUUCGCCGAACGCCACCUGCGCGUAUUGCACAAGUCACAGUUCGCCGACUGCAUGCAACGAGGCGGCUACGCCAAGGAAGGCAGCCUGAACUUCAAGCGGAUCUGCUGGGACUGCUGUGCGGCACUCGGACGGGAUGGGCCUUUCCACCACCUGGCAAUCAUUCACAAGAACAAGGAGCAGUUUGUCCUCUGCCAUGAAUGCCAUCGAUGGAGCACCGUCAAUGACAAGUGCAAGAGUAUCCCGAUCCGGGAUGAAAACUUCAUGAUCCAGGGCCGUCUGACUGUGUGCCGGCCAUUUGGUCAGUCAGAGAUUGGGGACAAGUCCCGCUUCGAAAUGCUCCCUGUGGAUAUCCAAAACCGCAUUGUUGGUAUGCUCAGUUACCAGGACCGCAUCAUGCUAUGCCAGGCGAACCGCCACUUUCGGCACACGGUUGAUCCCCAAGCUGCGCCCCUACAUGAGAAGUUCGACCGCAUGCAAGAACAGUUGGACAUAUACAAGAACCGGCCAGAUUUCAUGUACCAUCCAUUAUUCGCAACAAAGCUAAGUAUUGGGGGAGGAGAGACAGCCACUUUUCCGAUCUGCACCAACUGUGGGUCAGACCAGGGGGCCUACUGGUGCCCCCCGGCUAUUACUGUCGACGUUGCUGACCAUGGUCCUGUAACUCGAACUCAGUAUGGCAGAACCUUUGAAGUCAAUGUUUUACGGCUAGCCAUGCUCUGUUUCGGCUGCUGUUUCGAAAAGCAUCCCAAGUUGCGUCUGCCGUGCUACUGUUGCUUCAAGUGGAAACCUUCCAAGUGUUUCACCAAGUACCAGAUGGAAGGCAUAUUACUGCAUUCUGAAGAAACGUUCUGGAAGACCAUGUGCUCCAGAUGCGUGCAGGCAACAUAUGACCAGGGCAGAGCGAAGCCCCUGGAUCUGGAAGAAUUGCACCGUCGAGAACUUUGCGAGGUCUGCCAUUGUCUGAAGUACCGCAACGAGCGAUGCUUCAGCUGUCUGGACAAGUUCGGAUAUGAGGAGACCACCGAGGGACGCAAGCGGAUUCGCACGUACCGAGACGGGAAGAAAGUCACCAUCACCGCUGGCCGGGGCUCUAAGAACCAGCGUGUGGCCCUGGAGGAGGGCAAGUUUUGA